UCUGUCUACUCGAAAUAUCGAAAACACCGAGUCGACAAGGGUGAAUCGAGUUUCCGCAACGACGUUUGCGAGCUGCUAGUCCGGACGUUACCUCCGAGUUCCUUCCGUGCAAGGAACGCUUCCAAUCUCUGAUAAAACCCGGUGGCUCGAGAUCGUGGUUCCACAGUGCUCGACCGGUUGACGUUGGAUCCGGGAACGAGACGUCGGUGAAUGAGGGCGGGCGACGAGGCUCUGGCAAUUGGCGGCAAGCUGGGUGAAAAAGGGCGCGGCAGAAAAAUAUGGUACACGAGGCCACGGGUCUAUGGCACGCCGCGGGAUCCAGAGUAUCGAGGUGGCUGAUGAUCAUAAUACACGGAUACCAGGCUACCACCCUUCUACUAUCCAUUCUACUUAACGUGCUGGUGCGAACUGCCGAGUACCCGACAGCGGCCACAGCCGAGAUCGUGACUGCACACGGGAAUUCGUUGGAAGCGAGCAUGAAACCGUUGGACAUCGACUUGCCACCCACUCUGCCGAUGAGCUUUGGUACCGAAAAUUCCACGGUGAUCUCCGCCCAAUCUGGAUCCACGGCGCUGCUACCCUGCGUCGUCCAUAAUCUGGGGGAUGGAGUGGUGUCGUGGAUCAAGCGGAAGAACGUUCAGGAGUUACUGACCGUAGGACUGACAGCGUACGCCAUCGACGAGCGGUUCCAGGCAAUUCAUUUCCACCACAGCGAGGAUUGGACUCUUCAAAUAAAAUACGUUCAACUGAGGGAUGCUGGAUUGUACCAGUGCCAAGUAUCCACCCAUCCACCCACGAGUAUAUUUCUGUUCCUCGAGGUUGUCGAGGCCAGAGCAGAGAUAGCUGGUCCCCCGGAGAAGUUCGUGAGGCCAGGUAGCACCCUACAGCUUCACUGCCAGAUAAAAAAAUCGACCGAGACGCCAUCCUAUCUGUUCUGGUAUCAUAACUUCCGGAUGAUCAACUACGACGUGGAUCAGGGGGUGAACGUGAGUACCGAUCUGGCGGGUCGCGAGAGUUGGCUGGAGGUGCCCCGUGCGUCCGAUCGGCAUUACACCUGCGAGGCGAGCAACGCGCAACCUGCGUGGAUCCUGGUGCACGUGUUCAAGGGAGAUAAUCCAGCCGCGAUGCAGCACAGCAUCGCAUCGUCGCCAUCUGUCAUGGCUUGCAGCGCGCUAUUGAUGAUGUUCACCGCGUUCAAGCUGCUGCUGCAUUCCGUCGCUACGAACUGA